GUGAUCGCUUGACCUGGCGUCACAAAGUCGUUUGUGUGUUGAUAUUUUUUAGACAUUUUAGCCGUUUUUCUGACAAAAUUGUGCUCGGAGGUGUCCCAGCAGCGUUAUUUCCUACUCGAUAAAGCUUUAAUAUGGAAACCGAUGAAGGCGAAUCUUCAAGUAGUGGACCAAUUUCGACACUAAAUAGUCUUUUUUCGUUCACGAGCCCGGCGGUGAAAAAACUCCUCGGCUGGAAGCAAGGUGACGAGGAAGAAAAAUGGGCAGAAAAAGCCGUGGACAGUUUGGUGAAGAAGUUAAAAAAACGGAAAGGUGCCAUAGAAGAGUUAGAACACGCAUUGUCAUGUCCUGGACAGCCUAGCAAAUGUGUAACGAUUCCGAGGAGCUUAGAUGGACGGCUUCAAGUUUCCCACCGUAAAGGCUUGCCGCACGUUAUAUACUGUCGCGUGUGGAGAUGGCCUGAUCUCCAAAACCAGCAUGAGCUAAAACCACUGGAGCAUUGCCAGUAUCCAUUCUCGGCCAAGCAGAAGGAAGUGUGUAUAAAUCCUUACCAUUAUAGGAGAGUGGAAAGCCCAGUGUUACCCCCUGUUUUGGUCCCAAGACACAAUGACUUUGUACCUGGUCACUCAUUGCUGCCUUUCCAGCAGCUGGUGGAGCCCACUUUGCCUCACAAUGUUGGUUACUCUUCAAGUACAUUUAACUCAAACCAUUUGAACCCGGGUUCACCAAACUCAAACGUUUCUAGUCCAGCCAGUGUCAUUUCCAACAAUCCUCAGUCGCCCUAUGCGAAUUUGGCAGAAACCCCUCCGCCAGCCUACAGUCCGACAGACGAAAGUGCCACAAACACUAAUAAUAAUCCCAGCCCUGAGCCGUCUCUUAGUCAAGAUGUCCAGGCCGUCGCUUAUCAGGAGCAACCUUUUUGGGCUUCCAUAGCGUAUUACGAACUUAACAGUCGGGUAGGUGAAGUGUUCCAUUGUCACUCGACAUCGGUUAUAGUAGAUGGAUUCACAAAUCCUAGCAAUAACAGUGAUCGUUUUUGUUUGGGACAGUUGAGUAAUGUGAACAGAAAUUCCACCAUUGAAAAUACUAGAAGACAUAUUGGCAAAGGUGUCCACCUGUACUACGUGAAUGGCGAGGUAUACGCCGAAUGUCUCUCGGAUUCACCUAUAUUCGUGCAGUCGCGAAACUGCAACCACCACCACGGUUUCCAUCAUUCGACGGUGUGCAAAAUACCAGCCGGUUGUUCCUUGAGGAUAUUCAACAACGCCGAGUUCGCUCAGCUCCUGUCUCAGUGCGUCAAUCACGGUUUCGAGGCCGUUUACGAACUGACCAAAAUGUGCACGAUCCGGAUGAGCUUCGUCAAGGGUUGGGGCGCGGAAUACCACAGACAAGACGUGACCAGCACCCCCUGCUGGAUCGAGAUUCACCUUCACGGACCGUUGCAAUGGCUGGACAAGGUCCUGACCCAGAUGGGGUCGCCUCACAACGCCAUCAGCUCGGUAUCGUAAUAUAUUGGGGGGACUUGGUUCAAAAAGUGACAACUGUACUAAACAACUGUGGUGUCGACGCUCUUGCGUCGCCUAGGGAAGCAUGGAAUAGAGCCUGGCAUUCGUCGUCCAUCCACCGCAGAUCUCGAUUUACCGAGGGCUUUUGGUAACGUGUUAAAGGUGGAGAGAAAAAUGUGACCAUCAACAGCUACAGCGUCAAACACAACGAAUACGGUUCGGUGUUUAAUUCGCUCCCGAUGCGAUUAGUGGUUGGAUACACGAAUCUAACUGUGAUCUGUGGCGGAGACCGAAUUAAACGACCGACACUUCCUUCGUGUCCGGUGGUUGUUCCGCGAGUUCAUUUUCCCACGUGCGAGAAACCAGUUCCACGAUGACGAACGAUUUAGCCGCCGUGAAAAUUGAAAAUUGUGUUUGUUGUCGAUAAUUUGCCGUUAUUUAGCGUAACAGGUGGGACUUUGCGCAUAAUAAAUACGCUUUCCGUGCGACUCUUCCACAUUACACUGGAUGUCCUACGACCGCUAUUGAAAGAUACAAAUUAAAAACCAUCUUUAAUGACGGCUUUUAAUUUGUACGUUUGAAAUGUCUGCGGAAGAGUUUUUUUUUAUCUAGUGGAUACGAGGGCGUCAUUGGUGAUAUUAAAUUGCCCGUUCGCGGUGAAGAAUUUAAACGUUUAUAUUUACCAAAAUACUGAAAACGGUGACGGGGCAGGUGUCACAAAAUCUCGUCCCGUAGAACUAUUAAUUCUAGUAAAAUAAUUCGAAAUAUUUCGUAUUACAAACGCAAGACAAAAUAUUUUUUUUUUAUAAAAGGGAUGUUUAUAUAUAUUUUUUGUUCAAGUUCGCUAUUUCCUUUUUUUUUUUUUCAUCCGUUGGUAAUGAAAAUCGAGUGUCUCAGUAAGGGCGACGAAGUACGGUAUUAAAAAAACGGACGUCCCUAGAAAUUAGAACAAAAAUUUUGGGUCAAUCGGUCAAAUUAUUGAUUAGUGUCUGAAAUGGCCGCCAGGGCGGACUAGCUGCCAUCAAAAAAUUUUGUUAGUACUAUUUUAAAACUGGAACAUAAUAAAAUCUUUUUUGCUUAAUGCUUAACGCUGUCUCUCUGACUUGUUGAUAUCUCCAGAAAGGCUUAGUACGUUUUAGUAAACUUGCAGUCGUUAAAAGUGCUUCGAGUUAUGCACCACCAUAAAUGCAAUUUUUUUUUAUAUCAUACAGGCUGUUUUGUAAUUUGUGGUUUUUCUUUUAACGAUUCCUAUAGUAGCGCGUCAAACAGUAGUUAAAAAAAUUAUAUAUAGGUUAUGUUGAGAGCUUUGUUUACAAUGUUUUAUGUUCUUAUUUGUAGAUUAUGGACGUAGAGUUCAUAAUUCCAACAGGAUUGGUAUCCUAACAAUUAUUAUAAAACUAAUUUUUGCAUAACAACCUGCCUAAAAUCAUAGCAAAACUUUUUGUUUUAGUGUUUUUAUUGAAUUAGAUCGAUUACAAGAACCACCCAAACAACCAAUUUUUUUUAAAUAAAAAUGUUCACCUACAUGUGUCCAUUUAGAGAGCUCUUUUUAACAAAAUUACACAUACAUUACAAUACAUAAUAUAUUUUUCCCAUCUUAAUAGAUUCAAAAAAUGUGUAAGCACAUGAAUGUUAAUUUUAGAAGAAAUUAAAAAUGCAAUCGAAACACCUCAAAUUUUAAUAGUGUUUCUUUUGAAACUGUGUAAUGAAUAUUAAUAUAAAUAUCCUUUUCCUUAUAUUUACUUGCAUUUUGUUCACCUUGAGUUUUAUACAAAAACAUCUGAAUUUCGUUAUCUAGGGCUUUAAAUCGCUCAAUCCGGCAUCAUUUUCAAAUAACUGUUAUAACACUUUUUAGACCAAUAUCCCUUAUGAUGUUUCUCAAAUUCUGACAAUCUAAGUGGCUAUACCUCUCAAAUGCACCGUACAAAAAAUUACUACUUACUAAUGUAUAAUAAUUAAUAAAACAGGUUUGUCUAACAAUUAAUUAAUUGUGAUUAGUUUACUAAAUCCAAUUUUUAAUGACAUAAUAAGUGAUAAUAAUAAAUUGAUUGAAAACGGGCAAUUUUAUGGACUUCCAAAGUAUUACAAAAAAGUAAAAUAUAAAUAGCAUUUUAUUUUGAUUUUCAUUUGACAUCCUAAAUAAUAAAUUUAUUAAUAGCGUUUUAUUUAAUAAAUACUGGACGACAUAUAUAUUUAUAACCACCCAGAAACUGGAAAUAUAUUUAUAUAUGUUAGUAUAAAAAUUAUGAAUAAAUAGUAUUAUUUUUAUCUUUUUAAAACGCCACCUGGUGACAAAUUUUACCAAGUUUUUUAAAAUACGUCAAGCUUUUUUGCAGCUGUGGACAUUUAUUUUCGAUAAUGUUCUCACACUCCUCAGUACUAUCUUUGCAGUGAUAGAGCAAAGAGCAGUAAACAAAAAGGAUUUCAAUUUGCUUCAGCUUUAAAAUAGUAUAUUCGGUUUAUGGUUAAUAAUAGAAAAUUUAGAAAUAGGAAAAACUAUCCUUGGCCAAUUUACUUACUAAAAGUUUUUUCAAAUACCUUACCUCGUUGCCGAUAUUAGGACAGUGGUAUAGAGCGUCUUUUGGCGGAAGGAAAGCAUUAAAAAUAUUGUCAUUUACCUCGGCUUGAAAUUUGAAUAUGUUUUCUUUUUUUUUUCGAUUUUGCGAGGAAGGUACGCUUUUCGUGCCUUUUGUGUCGGAUGUAUUUGGGUACUGGGAUACAAAAAGCUAAUUCGAACGAAACCAAAGUUGUGAUCUCAGUGAUUUUUUUUUAAUUUAAUGUCAGCGGUGAAAUGUUUCCGCAACUCCUAAGCCGAAAAUUAAUGAGUACUUUAAAAAGUUGCCAGUAAACCAAAAACAAAAAAGUAACACGCCUUCGGGACUCGAUUUUAUCGAUAACUAUUCACUGCUUUUUUGUAAAUUCUUUUUGACUUCUAAAUCGUUUAAAAAUUUGAAUGGUCUUGAGUAUAAAAAAAUGCUCUUUUACUUAAAUUGAAAAAAUGGUAUUGUUUAAUAAUAAAUGACAAUAAAUUUUGCUGCCCAUUACCCUUUUUUCGCGUGUGGAAUUUUGUAGGUGACAAUAUUUUCGACCAAAGAAUCUUUGUAUUAAUUGAUAUUUCUCACUCAAUCCGGUACAAUAAAAAAAAGUAUGUGCCUAUUAAACUUGCAACCCGGACGCUCUGUCGGCUGGGGAGAGAUAACUUCGCCUAAUGUCACGUGCCUGUUUUUGUCAGUGGGUUUUUGUCAACGUUUCUACAAUAAGACCGAAUAACCGCUGUUACGAUGUAAAGAGUUUUUAAGAGAAAAAGUCUAUUUUUAAGAUAUUCAAUAUUAUUCGUAUUAUCCAAACUGCUAUGUCUACUGUAUCGGGAAUCGUAUGUGUUAAGUAAAAAUAUGUUGUUAGUGUCGCUGAAAAUGUAUGCAAAAUAUUUUCCUGUCUCAACAUAGCGUCAGUUGUGACUGUAUUGUGGCUUAACAGUUAACUAACUUACCAUUAAUCUUUCUAUUUAAAGGAUAAAAUUAUAUCGAUGGGUUCAAGUCAAAACGACAACUAGAAAAAAACGUCUAAUUUGGAAUAACUAUUUAAGUUUUUUCUUUUCCCCAAAAAAAUGAUUUUUUUAUUUUGGCACUUAAAAGAAAUACAGUGCAACAUCUGUAAUCGGGAGAAUUGCAUGUAACAGUAGAUAACGUAUAUGAAAUAGAUUUGCAGAUAUAUAGGAGCAUGCUAUUGAAACUAUUCUAUAUUAGAGCUCAGGUGUUUUAUUUAACAUAUUGAAAGAAAAUUAGUAUUUAAAAACAGUACAUAAUUAUGAAAAAAAACGUAAUAUAUACAAGUACUUAAUAAAAAAGUGAAUGUAGAAAAAAAACAAAGCACAUAACUUGAAUUUACAAAAUAAAAAAGAAGUCUGUAAAAACAGAAGAAUACAAUCUUCAAUUGACUUUGGUUUAUUCAAAUUCAUCUCUUUAUCGACAGCUUUAUUGAGAAGGUCGAUAGUUUUUUACAAGUGUUAAAAGCUGCUUUACUAUGUUUAACAACAUUUGAAUGAACUUCAUCCUCACUGGAGCUAGAUUCUUUAUCUGCAACCUCGUUGAUUGUAUCAGCAUCUGUCAAAAAUAUCGCCGUCUCAUUUCUUGCUGUUGCGCAAUCUUCAACCUCUUUAAUUUAAAAUUGUCCUCGGCUGCUUUUUUUAUAUAAAUUUUAGUUCAGUUAGCCCUUUUAGAGUACAUAUCAAAAACUGACAACGUAUGAAAUCUUCAUCAUCAAGCUGAGGUAAGAUAGGCUUCAUCCAUGGUUUUUUUUAUUGAGUGGACAAAAUCCUUCAAGUUAAUGUUUUUGAGUGUUGUAGGAAUACCCGGUUCCCAAUCAAAGAUUGUUUUCGGCAAUAAAGCUCCAAGGGUUCAAUAACAUGCUGAUCGAUAGAUUGCAUUAAUGACGUGCAAUUGGAGGGCAUAUACAUAACGGUUGGUUGUCAUCUCUCGUUAAAUCGUCAGGAUGACCUAGAGCGUUAUCUAAAAUUAGAAGCACUUUUUGAGGUAAAUUUAACGCGGCAUAAACUCGAUAUGGACCCUUUCCUUUGCCCUUGAGUGAAUUUUUUGUGUUUGUGUUGUAAAUCUGGUCUAUUUUAAGAUUUUUCAACGGGUCUACUGCAUCGGAGUUGCUGGAAAGUGAUACUCGUGAUUGUCUUACCAAACCUGGUCGAAUUUCUGAAGCCACCCUGAACUCGCUUUUAAUUCCCCAUUUUGAAGGGUUAUUUGACGAUGAAAGAAUUUAACUUCUUAAUAUAUUUCACCUGACAAAGGGGUACCUGUUGAUAAUCAAUCUAAUCGGGGGUCGAACCAUGAACUGUAGAAAGGCUAUAAUAAUUUCUAAUAACUGCUUUCAUGUUAGUAUUUCCUUGAGUCUAUGUCUAUGUCUGUGUUAACCAUGUGGAUAGUCCAUUUUACAUGAUAGUCGUAAAUUAUUCCUAGUUAUUUACUACUGCUACUACUACUCUAGCAGUUUAUUUUGAUGGAACUAGGAGUAUAUAAUAUCCAGAGUUCAUGACAUGGCUGUCGAAAGUUCGGAUCAUGAUUUUGCUUUGGCAAUACAGUAUCAUCCGCAUAUACUAUUAAGUUAUUUUGCAAAACCAACAAAUCAUUUAUAUAUAAGAUGAACAAUAUUGGUCCAAGUAUUGAGUCCUGAGGUACUCCAACCUUUAUUUUAACUUGUUGCCUUGCUGCAUUUACCCUUAUACCUUGGCGCCGUAUCUUUCAGAUAACUUGCUAUCGAGGUGAAACUUGAUUUUUAUUGGUAUAUUAUUAUUGUCAAUAGAUAAUUUCGUUAUCUAUUGUUACUAUUCUAAUGUAUUCAAAGAACACUUCAUUUUCACGAGCUAUUAUAUUUAAUCUAAUAUUACAGCAGUUGUCAGUGUUUAGUUGGGUUCUGUUGUAGCUGUUUUUUACCUAGCACCAUUUCUUUGCAAAAUGGCAGGGGCAAGGCAAAUCCUUUUUUGCCUUUCUUGGAAAAAUGUAAAAAACAGUCAUGUAUAAAUUUAAAUUAAAAAAAAUACCAAUAAUAACAGUCAAAUGAAACUUUAAAAUAGGUCAUAAAGAUACUAGUUCGCUUUAACAUUUUGUUCGAAAUGAUUGAGCUGUUAGUUGAUACCACUAAAAGUAAUGGUGUUAUUAUUGAUAUCGAUGUAUAUUUAAUGAUUAAUCUAUAUUAAUGAAAAUAAUAGUUACACUUAAGGCUUAAAUUUCAAUUUUUUGGCGCUUAUGUCGUUUUGUCUUGAAAACGUCGAUACUUUGACUCGUCACAUGACCAUGAAAAAUUUCAAGACGCGGAAAUGAUUUGCUAACAUGUUUGAUGUACUUAAAACUGAUUUUUCCUUGCCUAAAUGAGUGCAAGCGUGUCUUAAAGCGGCCAGUUAACGGGAAAAAGGCUCGCUUAAUUGGACCAACCUCUGUAGAAAUAGCGUCCGUGUAUGUGCAAUUGGCGUUUGAUCAAAAAUGAAUUUUGGUUAUCUAAUUUCAAGCCCGUAUUGUAAAAUAUUUUCGCAGUUAAUUAGUGAAUUAGUGUUUUUUUUUUUUCAUUUUUGUAGCUUAAUGGUAGUUUAUAAUAUGACCGUACGUAUGCGGAAAUUCGUUUGUUGUAUACCUAAGUGUCCGAAAUUUGUGAUCGGUCGUUAUUAGUUUCGUAAUGUUGCCAUUCUUGCUUAUUUUUUUUUUUUAGAUAAUUAUGUUACUUAUGUAUUUAAUAUGUUGCAAUAUUUUAUUUUACUUUUCUGUUACUACUUGUAUGUUUUGUAUAUAU